AUGGCCGAGAAGAAGGUUCUUAACCUGGACUCCGUCCUUCAGGAGCUGGGUCAGUUCGGCAGAUAUCAGAUCCAAAACUACGCCUUCAUCUUGAUCCCGAUCGCUUUGGGUGCUAUAUACAACAGUCAGUACAUCUUCGCAGCCGCGAGCGUUCCUUACAGAUGCCGUGUCCCACAAUGCGAGGCGACCCCCCCGCGGUUCGAGACUAACGGUUGGGGCACAUGGGCAUUGCCGGACUCUGGUGGGCGGUGCAAUCGAUAUGUGGCCGUGAGCGACAAUUGCACGGCGGACUCCUUCCACCCGACGGAGACCGAGCGCUGCGACAGCUGGAUUUAUGAGCAUCAAAAUUCGAUUGUUGCUACCUUCGACCUGGCCUGUGAAGAAUGGAAGAGGACUCUGGUGGGAACGAUCCACAGCGCCGGGAUAUUCUUUGCGCUGCCACUUACCGCUUACAUAUCUGAUACGUUUGGUCGUCGCGUCGCUUUCAUAUUGACGGCAGUCGCCCCAGCUAUAGUGGGCGUCGCGCGAUCCUUUUCCACGAAUUACAUUAUGUAUGUUGUGCUCGAACUCGUAGAAGCCAUCGUUGGCUCCGGCGUCUACAGCUCUGGAUUCAUUCUUGCUUUGGAAAUGGUCGGCAUCAAUCGCAGAGUGUUAGGCGGGAACAUAAUAUCUUGUACGUUCGCUAUCGGCCAAGCGACAGUAGCUUUGAUAGCGUGGGGCAUCCCAGAAUGGAGGACCCUGACUAGGGUGCUCUACGCCCCAUCGUUCGUCUUCAUCGUAUACUGCUUUUUGAUAGAAGAGAGCGUGCGAUGGCUCUUAAGCAAAGGAAAGAAGAAGGAGGCCGCAAGAAUCAUAUUCAAAGCGGCGAAGAUGAACAAAAAGAAGUUAUCACCGGAAACUAUCAAGCUGCUCACAGACGAAACGAUACAUUUAGAAGACUCUGUGCCACAGACUGAAGAAAAAAAAGAGUCGCUCGCGUUACAAGUGCUGAGAUCGCGAGUGCUAAUAUCCCGACUGUUCAUCUGUUCGUUUUGGUGGAUCACGGUCACGUUCAUAUACUAUGGAUUGUCGAUUAACUCCGUGUCACUCGGGGGAAACAGCUACGUGAACUAUCUUCUGACCGCUCUGAUAGAGAUUCCCGGAUACGGCCUCAGCGUGUUGACCCUCGACCGGUUCGGUCGGAAAGCUUCUAUUAUGACGGCGUUCUUCGUCUGUGGCAUGGCGCUCUUCGGCCUUCCGUUUAUACCAGCACAUUUGCAGUGGCUUCAGACUUGCCUGAAUUUGUUGGGGAAGCUGGCUAUAAGUAUGGUAUUCAGUAGUAUCUACAUAUAUACAUCGGAGUUGUACCCGACGUCCGUCCGUCACAUGAUGGUCGCCUUGUGCUCAAUGAUGGGAAGGAUCGGGCAAUUAAUAGCUCCACAAACCCCGUUGUUGAUGGAGUACAUGGAGUCUCUACCGUAUCUCCUCUUUGGAAUAAUGGCAGCAGCAGCCGGUUUGCUGAUGCUGCUGACACCCGAAACGCUGCACAUCCAGUUGCCAGACACAGUUAAGCAGGCGGAGGGGAUAGCCAUCGCACCGCGAUCUAAAAAAGCGACAGAUAUCAUCGUGGACUAG